AAAUUUGUCUUAUUUUUGGCAAUUUUCUAAUCAACAAGUGGAUUGGAGAGAGGAUAAAGCACAGCACACUCAUGAACGGAAACGUCGAGAUCUUCAACAAUUUACCAAAAACAUAACCAAAUUUGGAAAAGAAAGAAGAAGAAGAAGGAAAAAAAAGAAAAAAAAACUUCCGCCCACCUUUGUUUACCCCGAAAGCUUCUACAUUCUUCCUCUCUUCCAAUCCCUCACCCAUGGCUGAACCGUUUCGAUUGGAAGAAGAUCUCUCCACAAAAUGGAUUAUGGAAUUGAAGACCAAAGUUGUUCAUAUUAAGAUCGCCGCCUCCGAUCUCAAUGCUACAUAAUUUCUGAUCCCUUUCUGAUUUCUUAUCCGAUUCAACCACGCUGGAUAAUUCUCUAAUCUUUUCUCGCCGUUGGAUUUGCAUCACACGGUGCCGGUGCCGCCGUCGCGGUCGUACUAUACCCGACCCGAGAGUGGAGUAAUAUAUAUAUAUAUAUUGCCGCUGUUGAAAAUUCCGGAUGGUGUCUCUGUUUGUUUGACUAAUGAUCAUGAUGGAAGAGCGAGGAGAGGGAGCUAAGGUUAGGGUUUUGAUCGAGAAGGCUACGAACUCCACGGAUUCGGAGGUCCAUCCUCGGCUUCUCAAGGCUAUCAAAUCGGUUGUUCGGAAUUCCGAUCCAGAGCUUCGAGUCGCCGCCCAAACUCUUAUGGACCUUAUGAAGCGCGACCAUUCUCAGGUCCGCUAUCUUACACUUCUGGUAAUUGAUGAACUUUUCAUGAGAUCAAAGCUUUUCAGAUCUCUUGUCGUUGAGAAAUUAGAUCAACUGUUGACAUUAAGUGUUGGAUUCAGAAGAAAUAUGCUACUUCCUGAACCAGCAGCUGUGGCAUCUAUUUUGCGUUCAAAGGCAAUAGAGUUUUUGGAGAAGUGGAACGAUUCUUUUGGUAUUUACCACAGAAAGCUUAGAUUAGGUUAUGACUACCUGAGGAACACUCUUCGACUCCAGUUUCCAAAUAUACAAGCAAAUGCAAUGCGGCUACAGCAAGAGAGGAUGGAAAGAGAAAGAAGGUCAAAAGAGAUACUGCUUGGCAAGUUUGAAAUGUUGAAAGGGAAUUUUUCUUCUAUCAAGGAAGAAAUUCAGUCGACUUUAGACGAGAUCAAGGAGUGUUUGGAUAUUGUUCAUUCUAAAGAGGAUACCAUUGCCAUGAUUCCUUUGGACGAUGGCACUACGGAAGAGUUUCGAUCUGUUGAGCUGAGACAGAUCCGUCUUGAUGCACUGAAAGAAGGAGAAACGGUUCAUGAGAAUCAUGAUAAUAAAGUGAUUUUUGAUGCAUUAAGGGAGCUUUAUAAGCUCAUGUCAAAACAUCUGGUUUCCAUCCAAGAGUGGACCUCUGUUCUUGUUAGGGUUGACUCAACGGACAUAAGAUUCAGGGAUUCAGCCUUAAGGGAGUUCAUCGAUAUACGAAAUAGUCUACGUGCAGUGAAGAAGAGAUGUGAAGAAUUGGGUUCUAACUUUGCAGAAAGUGCAAACCAUGAUGACGAAGACGAAGAUUUCUGGGAAGAAGGUCCGGUCGGAGUAAUGGAGAAUGGAGGUUCAAGGAAAAAUGAAGAUCUUGUUGUCGCGCCCACAUCCAAUGUGAUUAAAAAUGCAGACACUAAAACCAGUAGAGAGGCACAUGUUGGCAAUGCGGUGCCAAAUGGUGAAGUUUGUAGUAGUAAUCCAUCCUCCUUGAGGAACAAGCUCUUAGCUGAUGCUCCAGUUAUUGAAUGGGGGUCUUUCUUAAAUACUUGGGAUUCAAAGACGGAGAUUCUAGCUAACCAGCGAGGAUUAGAGCUUGAAAGCCACUGGGGUCGAGUAGACUACGAUGCAACUAUUCCUGCCGAGAAAAUUGCAGAACUGAAUGUCCGGGCUACACUUUACAAGGAAGAUCAACCCGAAAUUCAACCAUGUCGUGCUCCUUUAAGGAAAGGAGGACUUUGUCCGAGAAGGGAUCUAAAAGUGUGCCCAUUUCAUGGACCUAUUGUGCCACGUGAUGAUGAAGGACGACCUUUGAAUGUGAGCUCUUCAUUGGAUGAAACAACUCCUGAUCUGGAUAUUGGAUCUGUUGAAAAGCUAGCGAGACAGGCUGUGAAAAAUGUACGUGCCCGAGAUAAAGAGGCAGCAGAGAAGAGAGAACGUGACAAAAAAACACUGAAACGAGCCAAACUUGCAAAAAUUAGAGAGCACAAUGAAGUUGUUUUGCGCGACGCUGCAUUGGCAUCGACGUCAAGAUCUUCUGCUCUGGGCGAACAUAUGGAAACAACCAGUGAAGGGACCGGAUCAGCUCGGAAUGAGAAGAAAACACUUGCGUCGAUGCUGCGUAAGAAAGCAUCGACGAAAGAUAGGUUAUCACAGAGACUGUUGGGUGCAAGGUCCAGGGCUUUAACUAAGAGGGAGCUUACACUGAAUGAAGAGGCAAACUAUAGAGAAGCAUUUCCAAAUCAGUGGUAAACUCACUCUCCCUCUCUUGUGGGUAAUUUUAAGGUUGAUUGUCCAUAAGAUGAAAUUGUUUAUUGGAUAAAAUUUUGUGUAUAUUUAUUUAUUUAUUUCCCUCUCCCAUGAAGCAUUUGAGUAGAGCAAAGAUAAAAGAAAAAUACAUUUAUUUGCAUAUAUAUAUAUAUAUACCAGCAAGAAACAUGUAUGAUGA